CUCUCCAACUGGGUCUUCUGUCUGUGUGUCACCACCUCGGAAAACAGGCAAGAUGGCUGCGAACAAGAGCAAGGGCCAGAGCAGCCUGGCCCUGCACAAAGUGAUCAUGGUUGGCAGUGGAGGGGUCGGCAAGUCGGCCCUGACGCUUCAGUUCAUGUAUGACGAGUUUGUAGAAGACUAUGAACCUACCAAAGCUGACAGUUACAGAAAGAAAGUGGUUCUUGAUGGCGAAGAAGUCCAGAUCGAUAUUCUGGACACAGCUGGACAAGAAGACUAUGCGGCCAUUCGAGACAACUACUUCCGGAGUGGGGAAGGGUUUCUGCUUGUGUUCUCGAUCACGGAACACGAAUCCUUCACGGCAACUGCCGAGUUCAGGGAACAGAUCCUCCGAGUGAAGGCUGAAGAGGAUAAAAUUCCAUUGCUCGUCGUGGGAAACAAGUCUGACUUGGAGGAGCGGAGGCAGGUACCCGUUGAGGAGGCCAGAAGCAAAGCAGAAGAGUGGGGUGUGCAGUACGUGGAGACAUCGGCCAAGACUCGGGCCAAUGUGGACAAGGUGUUCUUUGACCUAAUGAGAGAAAUCAGAGCAAAGAAGGUGUCAGAAAACAAAGACAAGAAUGGCAAGAAAAGCAGCAAGAAUAAGAAGAGCUUUAAAGAAAGAUGCUGCUUGCUGUGAAGACCAAGCUGGUGGCGGAAACCCAUUGCUCUGAGGACCUGGGGCUGUGCUUGACCUCUAGUUGUUACUUCUGCUCUCCCCAACCUGUUCACCUGCACUUCUGUAAAUGGGGAGAACACUUGUGAAUCAGUGGCUGGCAGAGGAAGUAAGCCCUUGUCCACACAGUGGACUGGCUGCUUUGUCAGAGCGCAGAGGUUCUGCUCUCCCUUCCUCCUUCCCUCCCUCCAGGCGGUUUAGGUAUAAUGCACUGUAGGUAGGAGACAGACAAGUCUGGAUUUUUAAAAAGUAUUGCAAUAAUAUCUUAUUUUCCUCUAGUUUUAUAACUCUAUCUUGUUUUGCAAUAAAGUUGUCUUUUUAAUAGGUUUUAGGACUGUCUAACUCUUAUCAAUUUAACAGUAGUACUCAGAAAAAUCCAGCAAACUCUAGUGAUACUUGACAAAACCCAACAUUUUUUAGAUAAGUUUUUUGACAGCUCCCUGUGAAUCUGAAGCAUAGCUAGGAAAACGAACUUGAAUUAGGCCACGUAGGUCAACACCAGGAUCUUAAAUCUU